CGGGGGCGAGUCUCGAUAAACAUGGUGGACUUUUGAAGCGAGACCGUCCUAGUCUGAGACGAUUUUGUAGAAAACAAGUGGAUUUCUGACUGCUGAUCUCAUCAAGCUCUGCGCGAAACCACAGGGCGACUAAGUGCGUGAAUCGACACUUAAAAUUAACCUCGGUGACGUGCUAUUCGAGGCACCAAUUCGCCUGGAGACACGCGUUACAUGUUACGGCCGCUGCGGCGCCGGCGUCGCCGUUUAUAAGCUCGGCUCGGAGGCUGUCGUUCGCCAGUGGAGGAAUCGCACCGAGAGCCGCUGUGUCGCGCGUAGCAGGCUGCCGGCGAUUGCUUUCUGUCUGCGGAGCGGCGGCCACUGAGCCGUUGGACACUUAGUGAGAAGCACCACCGCCACGAUGAGGGCCACCCUGCCGCUGAUGGCCAGCCUGCUCGCCCUGGCUGGACUCGCGAGCAGCGAACUUUUUGACCAACCCUCGCACGAUGAUCUCAAAAACGUGAUGCCCUACGAGUCCAUCAGCUACUCGGCGGCCAAUGUGAGUGUCGCCUACAAGUCGACCACCAAGUUCAACCCCAAGGGGAUGGGCCACCUCUACAUGGUCACCGCCAUGUUCAUGCAGUACAUCCAGAAGGGAGACCCACUGCCUAAAGGUUUCUUAACCGUGAAGCAGGGCCGCUUGGACGUGGACGAAAUCCAGUCCAAACUUGUGACUGACUGGCACAAGGUGGUGCUCCACUACGCCGGUCCGUUGAUGCUGGCGAUGGGCACCCUGCUUUUCGGCGUGGUGAUGCCCUGCGCCGGCUUCCUCUUCUGUUGCUGUCGCUGCUCGGGCAAGUGCGGAGCCAGGUCGCACGCCUAUGAUAAGAAACACGAUCCCUGCAAGCGAGCCUUCCUGGGCAUCAUCCUCGCCACGUUCGCUACUAUCAUUCUGUUCGGCGUGGUGUGCGCGUUUGUCACCAAUCAGUACAUGGACGACGGCGUGCAUGAGUUGCCCGACAAUGCUCGGACGGGGCUCGGCGAUGUGGAGCUCUACAUGUCAAACACCAAAGAGGAAGUAAACACAUUACUUGUCACAAACUACAGAGAGUUGCAGACUGUCUUAAAUGAAAUUCUUGAAGCUAGUGGCCAAAUUGUCAAGGAUAAAUUAGCAGAAGUCUCAAAAGCGGUCGCACUCAAUAAUCUGACCGCAAUCGCUACAGGUCUGACUAAAAUCAAGGGUGAUCUCUCAGACAUUAGCAAAAUAUCUCAAGAACUUCAGCGCUUUGGUCUGCAGCUCAAUGCUGGUAUGACGGAAAUCAAAGAGAAGCUGAAGAGCAGGAUUGAAAAGUGCCAACAACCUUGCCGAGAUGCCCUAACUCAGUUCAAAAUCUAUGGAGUCUCCGCAAAAUCUGAUUUUAGCAAAUUGUUGGACAAAUAUGUGCCAAAGCUUUCCAAUCUCUCUGCCAACUACCAAAAACUUGCAUUUGAGAUCGACUCCAACAUUGGCAAUGAGGUCAUGAAGGGCAAGAGAGCCUUUGAUGACAUUCAGUUCAGAAUCCAGCACGAAGUAAACACCACCAUCCCUCGCAUCAAGCAGUCCAUUCAAAAAGCUGGAAAAGCAUGCGAAGACACGGCUCUCAAGAUCAAUAGAGCUAUUGAAAACAGCCAGCAGAUCCCUCAAAAUGCCAUCGGCAAGAUCGACCGGGGCGAGGACUACAUCAAGGAGUAUGCUAUCUACAGGUACUACGUGGACACGACGGUCAGCAGUCUCCUGCUGCUCAUCCUCAUCUGCCUCACUUUUGGCCUCUUCUAUGGCUUCUGCGGCAAGAAGGUGGAUCUGAUGUAUGGAACCGAUGACUACUGCUGCAACAAGGGCACUGGAGGCAGAUACCUGAUGGCAGCGGUUUAUCUGAUGUUCCUGUUCACGAUCGGCCUGGCUGCGGUUGCGGUCAUCCACCUUCUGCUCGGUGUUGUCGCUGAAAAGACUGUCUGUGAAUCUCUGAAGGACCCUACUCCCAACAACCAGGUCAUGUCCUUGGUUAACGACCUUGUGAAAAACAUGGACCGGGACCCAAAGAGCACCACUGCAGGAAUCAACGUUACCCACAUGAUCAGCUCGUGCCACCGAAAUGAAAGCAUUUAUAAAGUUCUGAGUCUUGAAGCCAUGAUGAACGUCUCCCAAGUAUCACAGUUCAAGUUCGGAAUCGCAGAUGAAAUGGCUGAAAUGCAGAAGCAAAUCAAGAUCAGCAAUGACGUUACCAUUCUGACUGAUGAAGCUAAAACUCGCCUGCUUGAAUUAGCGUCUUCCUCACUCUCCGAUCUCAACUUCACGUCCUACAUUGAUCUAGUAGAAAAUCAAAUCGCAUCAAUCGACUUGAACAAACUCAUCCUUGUAAUAAACGAGACCACCAAGAAACUGAGGCCAGAAGACACUGUUUACUACGAACUCAGGAAUGAUGUCAUGUACAUCGAAGGCUUCCAGGUCAACGUGCUAGAUAAGAUGAUUGACCUGUCCAAACGCUUGAGGGAGAGCACAAACAACCUUCAGGAAGAUCUGAAGUUCAACUACACCAGCUUGCGACAGGCCAUCGACCAGCUGCUCAGGGAAGUUGACGACGCGCAGGAAUACCUACAGCAACAUGGACCUGAUGAAGUUGUCAAGCUUGCUCAAAUAUUCGUGGACGAGUUCAUGAAGCACAUCGAAAACUACUACUUGAGGGUAGUGUCGAUGACCAAGAACUCCAUUGGAAAGUGCUGGCCAAUUAGUCAAGCGUACAAUGCUACUGUGAUAUCAAUGUGCAGCAAAAUAGUGAAUCCUUUCAAUGGUUACUGGGUGAGCAUUGGCUGGUGUCUGGCUCUCUUUUUGCCAUGCAUUGUCGUGUGCGUGAUUCUGGCCAGCUUGUACAGCAAGAGCAACACAUACUUGGGCCCGCUGGACACUGACAUGUAUGAUGCAUACGGUGAUCGAGAUAACAUUCCACUGAACGUUCAUGACAAGAAAUACGGAGGAGGGGGUCACCAUCGCAGCAUGGGGGGCCAGCAGGCCCUCCAAGAGUCAUAUGACAACCAGAAUGGAUACGAUGGGGAUUACAGUGGCGGCGGCGUUGGCAGCUCUGGAGCUGGCCAUGGACCCAGUGGACGAGGGCGCAGGCCGAUGACCGGAGAGGGAUCCAGAUACAGAGACACUGCUGCCACUCCAAAGCAUUGGGACUUCCCAGCUGGAGGCCCUCCCCACUACCGCAGCCCACCGCCUGGUGCUGAGUACGAGCGCCCACCGCCAUACUACUAUCCUGGUCCAGGUGUUGCGGUGGCGAGCGCCCGACUGCCCCCUGACGGGCAUCAGCCUCCCAUCCCACACACCAGAGGACCAGAAAUGACAGGCUCCUCCUGCCGAAGCAGUACAAGCAGCAGCGACGGAAGCUCCGGGGGCACCGGCACUACCACCACUGCUGGAACACCAGCCGUGCACACCUACCAGAAACUGGAGGCCCUCGAGAGCCGACUAUAUCAUGGAGGAGCAGCUCUUGUGCCGGCAUCCACGUGGCGCCGUCAGCCACGUGUGAACCCCUCUCGUCCCCGGAGCUAGGCGCCCCCCGAAGCUCAAUCUCAACAGUCCCUCUUCUUGUCUGUUUCGCACUCAUUCCUCUCGUUGAACGCGUCAGUUUUGCCAUCGACUUUGGACGAUCUUGCUCGUACAUCGCGCGUCAAGCGCUGCUGCAGCGACCUGUCCCUUUACCCACCACCACAAUACCCUCCUCCUCCCGCCCCCCUGAAAGAAACCUUUCCUCGAUGUGCCACAAAAUAUUUUGAAUCCUCAAUUCACAUGGCCGCGGUCUGUGUAAAUAUAAGGAAAACAUUCAUGAUAAUAUUUUAUUAUUCUGUCUUUCAACGUGGGUUACAAAACAUAUUAAUAUUUGAACGAUUCACAGCUAGUUUGUAGAAUCUCGUCGGUACAAUUAAAACAUAAAAACAUAAUAGAAAAAUCACCCUGCACUGAUUUUUAUAAAGAUCUGCAGCAAAAAGUGCUGUUUUUUUAUUAAUUUCAAUAUAAAUUGCAAUCUCAACUUGUGGAUUGCGCAGGAACGUUGAAAUAAAGAGUGAACAAAUAUGUAAAAGAACACAGGAUAUGAAACUGUGGUUUCUGUAAGACCAUUAUAGACUUAUAGGCAUUAAAUAAAUUCUCUUUGUGUAGAUGAUUUUCUUAUGACGACUUUAUAGAGUAGACACAUUGCAGUAUAACUCUAACUUACGAAAUGAAAGACAUUUUGAUUGUAACUGCAAGAAUGAUAGUGAGGGCGAAACUGUGUGUAAAUAAUUCCAAAUAUUGGAAAAAAUGUUGAUUGAUUUGUCAUACUUCAAAAUUCAAGUGGUUACAAUCCAAGAUUGCAAAAAUAACGUAGAUUCAAGACAAUGAAAACCGCUUAUUUCUGUUUGUCAGUUUUUAAAUUUCCUUGCAAAUUGUAUAAAACUUGUAAUAACGUUUCAAAUAAAAUUUGAAGCUUAGAAAUUGUGCAAUUCCUAGAACACCUGUUUGACUAAUGCAUGUCCAAGUUGAAAGUUGGAGUGAUUUGCGUUUGAUGGCAAAUAUUAUUUGAGAGUAAGUGCGAGUAAAUUUUUGUAUCAUUUUGUCAAAAAAGAAUGAAAUCUCGUUAUGUUAAAAUGAUGUUUUUAUGUGUAUGAAUACAAAUAAAUGUAUCUAUGUGGAAGAGCCGUA